AGAAAAGAAGUUCGUUCAAUUGUUUUAAAAAAUAAUACUUUAUUACCAGCACAAUGGAAGCUAUCUGGAAUUGAAGCAUUAGGUGAUGAAUUCUCGAUUUCACAAGAUGCUGGUAUUGUUGAACCAAAAUCUGAAUAUAUUGUCUAUGCUUAUUUUCGUGCUAUGAAACCAGUGAAAUCAAAUCAGAAGAAAAAUUUACGCUUAGAAGUUUAUGAUCUAGAAAAUAUUGCUGGUUUAAUACAAGUGGAGACAAUUCAAGUGAUUGCUGAAGCCUAUGAUGUAGCUUUAGAUAUCAACUUUCCUAAAGGUAGUGAUGGUGGGAUUGAUUUCGGUUUAAUCAAAGUUGGUGAAGAAGUGAAACAUGCAAUCACAUUAAAGAAUAAAGGGCCUUACGAAAUUGUAGUCAAUUUCAUAUUUUCAAAAAACGCCACAAUGAAAAUAAACUACGCUGACGUAUUUACUAUGUCACCACAACGUAUCAGUCUAUCGCCUACAGAUAAAUCUGCUCAAAUCAAUCUAACCUGUUGUGCACAAACAGAAUGUAUUUUAAGAGAAGUUGAAUUAAUUAAAUGCCAGAUUGUUGAACCAAAUGCUAAAGGAACUCCACAACUGAUUGCAUCCAUCCCAAUUAAAGUAUCUGUGAGAGCUGUAUUCAGCAAAUUUACAAUUUCUCCAGCUAAAGAUAUAAAUUUUGGAUCAUUAAUACUGAAUAAUCAUAAAUCUCGUCAGUUGAUCAUUGAAAAUAAUGGAGAUUAUGAAUUUCGCUUCUCAAUAAUACGUAUGAGUAGAAUGUUUGAGUUAAUGACAGCACGUGAAGCACAUAUGAAUAAAGAAACUGUAGGAGGAGGAAAGCAUAAAAUGUCAGAUCCAACAAUGCUGAGCACUCCACAAGCACGAUUACAACAAGGUUUCUUUACAUUAAGUCCUGCAAGUGGUCUUAUCCCACCGGGGAAUGCACAAAUUAUCACGGUUGAUUGUUUAGCUAAUUCACAGGACCUGUGUGAAGAAGAAUUAACAAUUGAAAUAACUGAUCGUGAUAUGAACGUUUAUCCUCAUGGGAUACCUUAUCGUCUUAUAGCUGAAGGUCAUCUACCAUCGAUUGAAACCGAGAAUUAUUCACUUAUCUUUGAAGAACAUCAUGUCUGCAAGAAUUUGACAAUUUUAGACUUACCUGAUUUCUCAGAUAAGGUAAUGAAUACUGCUAACAUAUACAUAAUGAUGGUAGUUUAUUAUGUGUAUUAA